AUGACGUCCCAGUUCGCCUUCCGCGGAUCGCCGCCCAAUCAGGUACGGCAUUUCAAAAUUUGCAACUUACAGAGCACCAUAUCGACAGCCUCUAACAGUCCACCGCCGGCGCAGGCGGGAAUGAGCGGAGGCUCAGGUGCUAGCGGGGCUGCACGCUCAGGGUCUCCCGCAGCCACGCGAUGCUGCGACACCGGCCGUCCCAUAUUCCAGGACCCAAUCACAGGACAAACUGUUUGCUCCUGUCAAUACGAGUUUCUAAACUACCAGAGGCUAGCAUCGGGAGUACCCCUGUCAAUGUACAGCGCUCCGUACCCCGACGCAGCCGCAGCAGCCGGCAUGGCGGCUUACUUCCCCGCGCUCGCAGCCGACCAGCCGCCGUUCUAUACAAAUACGGCUGCUGGCAUCGAGUUAAAGGAGAAUUUGGCCGCCAGCGCUGCCACCUGGCCUUACCCUACCGUCUACCACCCCUAUGACGCUGCUUUUGCCGGUUAUCCUUUCAAUGGAUACGGCAUGGAUUUGAAUGGUGCUAGAAGAAAAAAUGCCACUCGAGAAACUACAAGUACUCUGAAAGCAUGGCUUAACGAACACAAGAAAAAUCCAUAUCCAACAAAAGGAGAAAAGAUAAUGCUGGCAAUAAUCACAAAAAUGACGCUUACACAAGUGUCCACGUGGUUCGCAAAUGCUCGACGUCGCCUCAAGAAGGAGAACAAAAUGACUUGGGAGCCAAGAAACAGAGUUGACGACGAUGACAAUAAUAACGAUGACGACGAUCACAAAAGUAACGAUGGAAAAGACGCUCUAGAUGGAAAAGAUUCUGGAACUGGUUCCAGUGAAGAUGGAGACAGACCGCAACAAAGGUUAGACCUCCUCGGUCCGAGAACGGAAUCUGAAUGGUCAGAAUCAAGAGCUGAUAGUGGACCAGAAUCACCUGAACCUUAUGAGAGGCCAUUACACCCUGCAUAUCAGCAUCUUCCAUCACGUGCCCCACCUGGUAGUACACCUGCCUCUGCUAAGCCUAGAAUAUGGUCUCUAGCAGACAUGGCAAGCAAAGAUGGUGAGGCGCCGGCAGCACCAGCAGCUGCCGCUUCCGCUUUCUACCAGACAGCAGCAGCAGCAGCCGCUGCCCGUCUCGCCCAUCCUUACGGCCGCCCAGACUUAUACAGGGGACUAUACCCGCCUACCCAUGCUGCUGAUGUUGCGCUGCUAGAGUACUCGCGCUCCUUGGCUCUCGCUGCUCCAGCUCCCGCGCCCCCUGCACCCUCCCCUUCUUCGUCCUCCACAUCAUCCCUUGCUGAACCACCACCUUCCUCUCGCGCCUGA